CAGCUAAAGAAAUCACUGUUACUCAUCACCCUAAACAUACAGCACUAAAGGGAAAAUAUUCAUAUAACUGAGGGAUCUGCUUGUCUAAUAUCCUGGAGAAAGAACAACUCUGAGGACUUUGCUGACAGGACUAAUAUUUGCUGGAAACUGAACUGUUUGUUCUGAUUACCCUACAACAGAAGAAUGUCUCCUUUAUUUAUUAUUUGGGUUUCAUGCCUGUUUCUUGGAGUUGGUUGCCAGGAUUCACAAACACCAAAUAAUAUAAAAGAAAGUUCUGUACCAUCCAACACUCUAGAACCAGAACAAUCUCAUCUUCUUCUACAAAUGGACAUUGACCAAAACUCUGCAAACUUAUCAGAUAUGGACAUAAGAUAUAUGCCACCUCGGAUGCCAUUACCACCACCAUGCACAUCCCGAGCGGUAAUCAGACAUGCUUUCAAAUAUGUCACUACAAUCCUAUCUUGUGUUAUCUUUAUUGUGGGAAUUGUUGGAAAUUCUACGUUGCUAAGAAUAAUAUACAAGAACAAGUGUAUGAGGAAUGGACCCAACGUUCUAAUUGCUAGUCUUGCUCUUGGAGACCUCUUCUACAUCCUCAUCGCUAUUCCCGUCAAUGCAUACAAGCUUCUGGCUGAGGACUGGCCGUUUGGAGUGCACAUGUGCAAGCUGGUUCCAUUUAUACAGAAGGCAUCGGUUGGAGUCACUGUGCUGAGCCUUUGUGCCCUCAGCAUAGACAGGUAUAGAGCAGUGGCUUCCUGGAGUCGUAUUCAAGGAAUUGGGAUUCCUGUCUGGAAGGCAAUAGAAUUAACUUUGAUCUGGGCUGUGGCUAUCAUUUUGGCUAUCCCAGAAGCUGUUGCCUUUGAUAUGGUGGAGCUGGACUUUAAGGGACAUACUAUGUGGGUCUGCAUGCUGUCGUCUGAGCAAACAUCAAAUUUUAUGACGUUAUAUAAAGAGGUGAAGGUCUGGUGGCUUUUUGGCUUCUACUUCUGUCUCCCUUUGGCUUGCACAGGAGUAUUUUACACACUGAUGUCCUGUGAGAUGUUGAGCAAAAAAAAUGGAAUGCGGAUAGCUCUGAAUGAUCAUAUGAAACAGAGAAGGGAAGUGGCCAAGACAGUGUUUUGUUUGGUGGUGAUUUUUGCCCUCUGCUGGCUGCCUCUGCAUUUGAGCAGCAUCCUGAAGAAAACAGUUUAUGACGGCCGCGAUCCAAACAGAUGUGAGCUCCUUAGCUUUCUUGUGGUCAUGAAUUACAUUGGCAUAAACAUGGCAUCUCUGAACUCCUGCAUUAAUCCCGUGGCACUUUACUUUGUAAGCAGAAAAUUCAAAAAUUGCUUCCAGUCCUGUCUAUGCUGUUGGUGCCACAGGCCAGUCUUGGCCAUUACACCACUGGAUGAGAAAGGUUCUGGCGGAAAAUGGAAAGCGAACGGUCAUGACCUAGUCCUGGAUAGGAGCAGCUCUCGACUGACUAACAAAGAUAGCUCUACUUGAAAGUGAAAGCAUUGGAGACAUUUGAAUGUAUAACAACAGAAACUCUAUACCACUUUGACUAAAGCUCUAUGCAUAUUAUGGGGAGACUGCUUCAUCAUCCAGCAGAUACUGCGUCAUUAGAAGGUCUCUCUUCCAACAUUUCUUUGGGUGUCUACACACUCGUCCAUCCUCAGAAAAAGAGAGCUACUGGAUCGUUCCUGUGGUUUAACACUAUGUUAAUCUUGUGUGAACUAUUUUAACACUGCCAUACAAACUCUUGUAAUAUAACUUAGAUUUUACUUAAAAACACAAGACGAAAGUGUUAACUGCGUGACUGUGUCACCAAGACUUGUGGACCUAUCUGAAAUUCACUGUCCUUAGAUUAUUGUACACUGUAGAACUGAAAACUGUAUAUGAGCACUUUGCAUUCUUAUAACAUUUUCUUCAAGCAAAAAAACAUAAUAAAAAAACAAAAACAAUUAACAGUCAAAGUAUAUUAGAGAUAAAAACAGUACUUUAGCAGGAUAGAAUAGUUUUGGUUCCAGUAGAUCUGGUAAACUAAAUAUAAGUUUAAACGCACAACUCAUUUAUUAAAUAUAUAAAAGCUCUUGCAAGGUAUUUAAAAAGGUUAAAUAUUUGAUCUUUUAGGAAAUGUAGCUUGAGUUUUACUAUUAUAAUGUGUACAAUUUAUGCCAAUACACGAAAGAGCUGCAUAUUCCAUCUUGUUACUGUUAUGACAAUAGAAAACUUGUAGUAAAGAUAGCCCUCAGUUUACCCUGGGGUUAGGUUCCAGAAGGAAUGGUUGUAAAUCGAAACCGUUGUAAAUUGAAACUCAGUUAAUAAUGUAAGUCAAUGGGAAGUGAGGGAGUUAGGUUCCAGGCCCCUCUCAAAAUUGGCAUAAGUAACACCUAAUACAUUAUUUUAAAAGCUUUGAAAUGAAGACUUUAAAUGCUAAACAGCAUUAUAAACCUAAUAAAAUAAUCACACAACACAGACUUUACUUGCAUUUUUCUGCAAACAGUUCUUUCUAUGCAUUCCAAUCUGGACUGAUUUAUAGACAGGAAGAUCUUGUUCCUUUGCAAGCUGCUCGAUAGCUCAGGUCUGGUUAAACUGAUUAUUUUCAGCUUGCUUGGCUUGCAUAUCUUUGCUGCAACACAAGAGGACAGCUCCACCUACUGGCUAUUUUAAUCAAUGCACUGCUUCUCAAUGCUUUUCAAUAACAGUCACAUGACUGAAAAAAAAGGUUGUUAUUCUGAAACGGUGCAAAUUGAACCGUUGUAAACCGAGGGCCACCUUGUACUAACAUUGCAAUCAGUAAAAGUAAGCACUGUGAUGUGCCAUAUUGGGGAACUCUAUAACAAAUGUCUCCUUUUUCCUUGGUUUCUGGGACGCCUCCUUGAUCACAGAAGGAUCAAUCAAUGAAUAGUCCCAUCCACACCUGCAGGUGCUCUCUGAGUACAGAACUGUAAACCCUUGCUUUAGGGUAAAAUGAUUAGAGCUCAUGAUGGUGUCUGUAUACUGAGCCAUUCAGAGGACCAGAGACAAAUGCAGUGCUAGGGCAGAAUAUGAACUGAUUAGUCAUUUCUACACACUAUAGUGUAUUUCUCAGCAGACUGUAAAGAAGUUAGCCUGUAAAUACAUCAAAUCACAAUAAAUGCAAUAAUGUACAGCUACACACAGAUUCCACAGAUGCAACAAUUUGAAAAUGACUAACAUUCUUAAAGGAACAGGAAACCCCAAAAAUGUAAUUCAGGAUUCAGAUAGAAAAUUCAAUUUUAAACAACUUUCAAGGGUACUUUUAUUAUCAAAUAUGCUUCAUUCUCUUGUUAUCCUUUGCUGAGGGAACAACAUUGCACUACUGGCAGCUAGUUGAACACAUCUAGUUAGCCAAUCACAAGAGACAAAUGUAUGCAGGCACCAAUCACCAGCUACCUCCUACAAUGGAUACCAAGAAAAAAAACACAUUUGUAAAUAGAAGUGAUUUUAAAAGUGUGUUAAAAUGACAUGCUCUAUCUGAUUCUUGCAAGUUUAAUUUCGACUUCCCUAUCCCUUUAAUGGCAUAUACAGCAAAGAAAAUAGUAUUGCUCAGAGAAAUCUUUAUAUAUUAAUGUGGAAUACUGUGAAAACACUAUAGCAGGCCACAAAAAAACACAUUUGAUGGCUACAUGCUCCAUUCAUCACAUGUAAAUAUAUGGGUACGUAUAGUAAGGUCAUUUAAAUGUAUUUUAAGGAUAGAUGGUCAGCAAAAAUGUUUGUUCUCUGCCAGUAUAAUAUUCAAAAGCCACAUUAUACAUAAAUACUAAUGUAAAUUACAAUUUUAUAAACAACAAGUUAAUUUCUUUGUUCAAAAAAAUGUAUAUAUUUUUUCCUGUGCUAAGCAUUAUAGCUUUCUCUGACAGCUAUACAGUUAAUAAAUGAUUUUCUUGCA